CUCUUAUUUCUGGAUGAGUUCGGUAAUGUCCCGGGAUCAAUUGACUAUAAGAUAAUAUGCGUUAUACGGCUCAUGCUCUUAGGAGGUUAGACACCACUCCCGCAUACUCAUCCUCCCGAAAUCACAGCCAUGUACACCACGUCGUUUGCCUUUUUCGAGGCCUUGAUAGAGGCAGGAGUCAAGAACUGCUUCGUCAACCUUGGCUCUGACCACCCGAGCAUCCUGGAGGCCAUGGUCAAGGGUCGUGACACGCCAAACUUCCCCCGUAUCAUCACAUGCCCCAAUGAAAUGGUGGCUCUGUCCAUGGCCGAUGGAUAUGCUCGAAAAAGCAACGAGGCCCAAUGCGUCAUUGUGCACGUAGAUGUGGGCACGUCAGGAAUGGCUGCUGCUAUUCACAACGCGUGCAUGGGAAGAGCGCCUGUGCUGAUUUUUGCCGGGCUCUCGCCAUACACUAUAGAGGGAGAAAUGACUGGCUCUCGUACAGAGUUCAUCCACUGGAUGCAAGACGUUCCAGACCAAAAGCAGAUCGUCGCCCAGUACUGCCGGUAUGUUGGCGAGAUCAAGACUGGUAAGAACGUCAAACAAAUGGUCCGAAGGGCUUUGCAAUUUGCCACGAGUGAUCCGAAAGGACCAGUGUACUUGAUGGGUGCCCGCGAAGUCAUGGAGGAAAUUAUCCAACCAUACAGCAUCAACCCUGCACACUGGCACGGUAUCGGGCCCUCGGCCCUCCCUCCAAAUGCUGUCGCCGAAAUUGCCCAGGCACUGGUGGAAGCUCAAGAACCUCUUGUGGUGACGGGCUACAGCGGCAGAAAUCAUGCUGCCGUGGCGGCUCUGCUAGACCUUGCUAAUACCGUGAAAGGCCUGCGUGUGCUGGACACAGGGGGUUCCGACAUGUGUUUCCCAGCAGACCACCCGGGGUGGCUUGGGAUGAAGUACGGAGCUGAUGACAGUAUACGAACGGCAGAUGUACUGCUGGUGGUCGACUGCGACGUCCCAUGGAUAAACACGCAGUGUUUGCCUAAGUCUUCCGCCAAGGUCUUCCACUUGGAUGUCGAUCCUCUGAAGCAGACUAUGCUUGUUUCAUACAUCAGCGCGGAGACGAGAUAUCGUGCAGAUGCUGGCACUGCGUUGGCCCAAAUUGUUGCGUACCUGAAGUCUUCCUCCGAAUUGGCGAAGCGUUUGGCUGAUUCAGAAUUCGAAAACCGAUGGGUCUUCUUGCAGCAAUCUCAUUCAAAAUUGAUCAAGUCGCUUGACGCUAAGCCCGAGGCAACUGAAACCGGUUCAAUGAACACUGCUUAUGUUUGUUCAAUGCUGCGCAAGAUGCUGCCGCAGAACACAAUAUUUGCCGUGGAGGCUGUCACAAACACCAUCACCGUUGCGGAGCAAAUUCGUGCUAUACAACCUGGACAGUGGAUCAAUUGCGGUGGCGGCGGUUUGGGCUGGAGUGGUGGUGGUGCACUUGGAAUCAAGCUUGCCGUCGAUGCUGAAGACGCUGCCCUGCCACAAAACGAGAAGAGAAUCGUAGUACAAAUUGUGGGCGACGGCAGCUUUCUUUUCAGUGUUCCCGCCAGUGUGUACUGGAUCUCAAGCAGAUACAAGAUUCCUGUCCUCACAGUGGUCUUGAAUAACACAGGAUGGAAUGCUCCCCGAAGAUCAAUGCUGCUGGUUCACCCUGACGGCCCAGCGUCCAAGGUUUCGAACUCUGAGCUGAACAUAUCCUUCGAUCCCUCACCGAAUUACUCCGAGAUUGCAAAGGCAGCAACAGAUGGCCAAAUAUUUGGAGCCAGGGUCAAACUUGCGGACCAGCUGCAGUCUUCGCUUGAAGAGGCGAUUCGAUCAGUCCAAUCGGGGACCUCGGCAGUUAUUGAUAUUGCUGUCAGUGUUCCGUAA